AUGCAGCCGCAAGCCGUCAACGCCGAAUUCGACGUCUUCUCGGGCAACCGAAGGGAUGUGCUUGUGCUCAACUGGAGUCCUAAGGGCGAAUCUGGACCUUCUUUCCCCGUGGCCUUUGUCGCCAUCGGCGCGAUGCUGGUGGGCUCCAUCGGCUGGACGAACGCCAACCAAGGCUCGAGCGUCCAGCGCGGCGACGAAUGCGGCUACUAUGCCUACGGCGGCUCGACCAACAUUGUCGUCUUUCCGCCCGAGAGCAAAGUGGAAUGGGACCAGGAUCUACUCGACAACUCUCGCAAAGGUAUUGAGACCAUGGUCCGCGUGGGGGACCGUAUCGGCAUCUCUACCGCGUGA